CGCCAUUCGAAGCAGCGCGUGCCGGCGGUUGGCGGCGGCUCUGCUUCGCCUGCUGCUCAUGCCUUCCCCCCUCGCUCCAAGCAGCGCAACAUCAUGCGCCGCCGGGUGAGGCCCCAGUGGGGCGCCGCCGCGGCCCUGCUCAGGGCCACCGCGACGGGGCGCCGAGGGUAUUGGAGGACCGUGGGGCGGCAGACGGAGGACAUGAUUUCGGAGCACGACACAGACCAUCACUUCGUGCACCGGAGCACCAUCCCUACCAUGCACUUCCAGCCCAGCCUGCCCAGAUUGCCUAUUCCCAAACUGGAGGAUACUAUCAACAGAUAUUUAACUGCUCAGAAACCGCUUCUGAAUGAUGAAGAGUACAGAAAUACCGCAAGAUUUGCCAGAGAGUUUGAAAAAGGAGUGGGCAAAAACUUACAUCGUGAUCUUCUUGAACAUGAUAGACUUAAUAAGCAUACAAGUUAUAUAUCAGGGCCCUGGUAUGAUAUGUAUCUUUCUGCCAGAGAACCAAUUGUCUUAAACUACAACCCUUUCAUUGCUCUAAAUCCUGAUCCCAAACCAGGAUACAACAGUCAAAUAGUAAGAGCAACAAAUCUGGUUGUAUCAGCAUUAAAAUUUCUUAAUUCACUGAAGAAUGACUAUUUGCGACCAGAUAUAUAUUAUGUGAACCCCAAAUGGAGUCAAAGUAAAAUGUUCAAAAAUUUUAUCCGUCUUCUUCCACCUUCUGUGUCUUGGUACGGAGCAUAUUUGGUGAAUGCUUAUCCUUUAGACAUGUCACAGUAUAAGUCACUCUUCAACAGUUCCAGAAUUCCUAAUUUAAACAAAGAUACAUUGUUCACAAGUGAAUUUGCAAGACAUUUGUUGGUGAUGAGAAAUGGUCAUUUUUAUGUUUUUGAAGUGUUGGAUCCUUUUGGCAAUAUUCUACACCCAUCUGAAAUCCAGGCUCAUUUAACACAAAUAAUACACGAUGCUGACCGGUUACCCGAGUUUGGACUUUCCUACCUGACAACUGAAGACAGAAAUACUUGGGCAACAAUAAGGCAGCUACUUGUCCAAAACGGUAAUGAAGAAAGCCUCAAGAGAAUUGACAGUGCAGUCUUUUGUCUUUGUUUAGAUGGUACUUCCCCCCAAAAUGAAAUUGAACUCUCUCAUUUUAUGCUUCAUGGAUAUGGUUUCAAUCGCUGGUUUGACAAAUCUUUUAGUCUGAUUAUCACUAGGGAUGGCACAGCAGGUAUCAAUUUUGAACACUCUUGGGGAGAUGGAGUUGCAGUUCUUCGUUUUAUUAAUGAAGUCUAUAGAGACAGUACUCAGCACCCAGCUCUUGUACCAGAAUCCAGUCCAGCUUUGUUUGUUACAUCAUGUGACAAACUGGAAUUUAAUUUGGGUCGUACAGUAACUUCUGCCAUAAGUGCUGCACGUAUGAAAUUUGAUGAAAAAAAGAAAAACUUGUCUUUUAGAACAUUCAGGUUUCAAAAGUUUGGAAGAAAGUUUGUAGUGAGUCAGAAAAUGAGCCCAGAUGCUGUGUUUCAGCUUGCAAGUCAGAUGUCUGCCUAUCGCCUCUAUGGACAAUUAGUUCCUUCUUAUGAAGCCUGCAGCACUGCAGCUUUUAAGCAUGGUCGCACGGAAACAAUUCGGCCGACAUCUUUGUACACAAAGAAGUGUACAGAUGCAUUCAUUGAAAAACGAGGACAGCAUAGCAUUGAAGAACUGAGAAACAUGAUUGAUGCAUGUUCAAAGUAUCAUAGACGCUUGCAGCUGGAAGCUACAUUAGGCCAAGGAUUUGAUCGCCACCUAUUUGCCUUGAAGUACCUUGUCCAGUGCAGAGGUGCAAAUAUGCCUGAUAUUUAUACUGACCCGGCCUACAAAAAGAUAAACCAUAUUAUCAUUUCAACUAGUACAUUAAACAGUCCAGCAAUUAAUUAUGGUGGGUUUGGACCAGUAGUGCCAAAUGGCUUUGGAUUGGGAUAUAAUGUGUUUGAUACUUGGAUAGGAUGUAGUAUAACUAGCUAUUUAGAUGAAAACUUAAAAGAAUUUUUGCAAUGCCUUGAGCGUAGUUUAAAUGAUAUAUUUGAUGUCUUAGAAGGAAGAGCUCUUACAUAGUAUUAAAAAUUGUCAUUAUUCUGAAUGGACAAAAUAAUGGUGCAAAAUAAAUAAAUAAAUAAAUAAAUUAUAAUAUGUAGACUACCAUGAAAUGCAGUAGAGUUAGAAAAUUAACUAACUCUACAAAAAUGUAGAACGCAAAACAUUCAAGGGGGAAAAUGAAAGGAGAUAACUGUGCCAGUGACAAGUGACAAUGACACUGUAAUCUCUUGUUCUUGGUGUAUAUUAUUCUUGAUUUAUAUUAAAGAUUAAAGAAAAUGCUAAUA